AUGUCAAGCUACGACAAGGUGGUCAAAGGCGCUACCAAGCCAAAAUCAGGUGGCAUAAAGCCAAAGUACAUCGAUCCCAUCAUCGCAACCACAUUCGCAACGGAUGGAUCGCUUCAAGAUGUCUGCAGAGCACUCGGUAACCGUCUGCGCGAACCUAACGCCACGGUCGUACUCAAAACUCUUGUCAUCAUUCACACAAUAGUCCGCAACGGCGAAGUCGACAACGUCCUCGGGCAUCUCUCCUCCGACAUCGGCAACAUCCGUCUACGAAAUGUGUCAAACAACAGCUGGUCUGGCUACUCAGCUCCCCAGACGCUCUCUGUCUAUGCACAAUACCUCGACGAGCGUGUCCGCGCCUAUCGUGAUCUCAAGCACGAUGUGAUUCGCUCCUCUGACCGUUCUCGAGCACAUUCCAACGGCGCCAGCAACAGCAAUCGCUUGCGUAAGCUUUCAGUGGAGAAAGGUCUCUUGCGCGAGGUCUCGACAACUCAGAAAGUGGCCAGCGUACUUAUGCAGUGCUCCUUCUUCCUCGAUGACCUCAACGAUGAUCUCAUCAUGUCCGCCUUCCGCAUGACUCUGAAGGAUCUGCUUGCCAUCUACACAGCCAUCAACGAAGGUGUCAUCAACAUUCUCGAGCACUACUUUGAAAUGGCCAGAUCCGACGCAGAGCGUGCUCUCGAGCUUUAUCGUCGGUUCUGCCGCCAGACCGAAAACGUGGUUGCUUUCCUCAACAGUGCUAAGAAGGCCUCGCACAGCCUUAACCUCGCCAUCCCCUCACUAAAACAUGCUCCUGUCUCGCUUGCUGGAGCACUCGAAGAAUACCUCAAGGAUCCCAACUUUGAACAGAACCGCAAAGAGUACAAGGAGAACAAGCGCAUCGCAGACAGUGGCCCCCCGGCUUCCACUGCUCGACCCAUCUUCACCAUCUCGUCCAGCGUUCCAAAGAGCGAGUCCAAGAAGAGCAUCACGAUUCAGGAGCCUGACAAACCAGAGCGCAAGGUCAAGCCCCCAACCUCAAAUCAGGAUCUCCAGGACUUCUUUGCCAGCAUCGACCAUGACGGUGGUCAGCACGUCUUCUCCAAUGUUCCCGCAGAGCACAGCUUCUUCUUUCAGGCUCAGCCUACGGGUAUGAUGGGCAUGAACGGCGGCGGCUUUGGAGGUAUGGGCACGGGGAUGGGAAUGGGCGGUCUGCAACCUCAGAUGACUGGCUACAAUCCGUUCACGGGUCAGCAGCAGGCGGGCAUGCAGAUGCCGAUGCAGCAGCAAAUGACAGGGUUCGGUGGUAUGCAGCCACAGAUGACUGGGUUCGUCCAGCCGCAAGCUACGGGUUUCAAUCCCUUCCGACAGUCGGUCAUGCCUCAGCCCACUGGGUUCGGUGGGCCCUUCGGUACUUUUGACGGUCAAUCGAGCUUCCUCAACCAACAGCAACAACAGCAGCAGCAGCAACCGCAGCCUCAACAGCAACAGAGCCAGCCGUUCCAAGGCCUGCAACCUCAACACACGACCACACCUUCCCAGCCACAGCCUCCCACACAGCAGACUCAGAGCGGUGCCUUUGGUCAGGGUCAAUCUCAGCAAUCAUCGGCACUUUCUUCAUUCAACUCUGCCUUCUCUUCGCAAAGCAAUGGACAAGAGUUGGCAGCAUCCAAGCCUACGACGCCUGCCAGGUUGCUUGUACCACAAAAGACCGGGUCUCGCAAUCCCUUCGCGCCACCUCCUGGGUCCACACCACCGCCAGCUUCCCCUCCUGCGCCAAAGGGUCCUUCGCUUAACCAGCUCGCUACGAGCGCAUUUGGUGCACCUGGUGGUGGUCACUACGGCCUUGGUGCUAAUGCUUGGAAUGGAAGCGAUCCUAGCGGCAAGAACGUGAACCAGCAACAGCAACAACAGCAGCAGCAGCAGCAGCAACAGCAGCAGAACAGCUCAAAUGGUCUGCUCGCACCACAAAAGACAGGACUAAUUGGCAGCAUCGCGUCCGAGUUCGCUUUCCAGAAUCAGAACGGUCAGAACAAUCAGAACGACACCAACAGCAACGUCGCCGGCUCUGCGUUCGGAGCUAGCACGCCUGGCGCUGCUUCGACGCCGACUGGUCAGCCGAACGGCAACGACCUGUCGUCGCAAUUUGGAUCUAUGUCCUUUGGCACGCCCUCAUCCUCCACCCAGCAGCAGGCGUUGCAACCACAGCCAACAGGCUUUGGGGGAAGCUCAGUGCAAGCGUUCAAGCCACAGUCGUCAUUUGGUGCUAGCCUGUCAACAAAUUCGCAAUUCCCAAACUCGAGCAGUCCUGGCGUGGCGCCGCAGAUGACAGGCAACCCCUUUGCAAGGGUCGGCAACUCAGCAACCCAGCAACAGCCUUCCCUCACAGGCAUGGGUGGUGGAGCAUUUGGCAGCUCUUCGAACAUCAACCCGACCAAUAACACCAGCGCGGGUGAAAACUUCGGCUCGUCGACCAGCGGGCUUACUACAACUUCCAACAAUAGCUCAGCCCUAAACGCGUUCAACUCUGCUUUCUUCUCCUCUUCCACCCAGCCACAACAACAACAACAACAACAACAACAGCAGCAGCAGCAGCAGUUUUCCAACGGAGCCUUCGGCGGAGCGAAUGACUUCACAGCGGCCACUAGCAACAGCACAGGUAUGCAGCCUUUUGGAAGUGGUGCUGGCCAAAGCUCGUUCAGUGGAGGACAAGUGCAACCUCAACCAACAGGGUUUGGAGGGUCAACUAUCAAGCCCUUCCAGCCCUCGUCGGACUUUGGAAAGAGUAUUAAGAAUGAUGGUCAGCCGAAUUUGCUUCAGUUCUGA